AUGUCGACACCUUCGCGUCCGGAACGGACGCAGUUCUUCGACAUCAGUGACCAUGAUGGGGAUAUCCCACGUCCCGCGGACUUGCCGCCAGUUCCUGGUGCUCUAUUCCCUGGCGGACCGACUACAGCCAUUCCGAGAUCUUCUUUGUUGGGUCCGAUUGAUCAUGGCUCUCCGCCGGGAUGCAAUGCUGCGCCUGCUGAAAAGGCCUCAACGGUGCACUCUCAGACGAGUGGCAUCAAUCUUGAUGACAUUCUGAGGCGCGCGCAGCAACGAGUCGCUGAUGAUCAUCCUCCUGAAAGUCGCGGGCAAAAUAAUCCUGUUGAGCCCGUCCGACAAAAUUAUGGCCAAACGUCUGCCUCUUUUUCAGGAAGAUCUCCGAUUCCGACCGUUCCGUCCACAAAUGCCGCCGGAACGACAUCCGGCCAAGCUCCGAGCGUCAGACCCUUCCCUGUCGAUGAUGAUCUGGCCAUUCGCAGUGGCGUCCGCUAUGACCCUGAAACCCAGAGAUUUGCUCCAGAGCCCAAGCGGAGCCCUACAUUUCCGUGCCAGAUCUCGUAUGAUACGCGAACUGUUCCGGCAGGAAAGGGACCUUCAAGAUGGUAUGAUGCAAUGCUUGGCCGAUCCAAUCUCAUUGGCAGCGGUUCUGGUGCACCUGUUCUCCAAAGCGAGACUGGUACCUUCACGCUAGCACCGAGCGCAAGCGUCACUGGAACACUUCGACCUGCUGCCACUAAUGAUGUCGAUGGAUGGACUAUGCCUCCGAUGCCCACCUUUAAUGCUAGAACAUCCGCCCCUGCACCCAGUGCUGCGCCAUCCGGAUUAGGCGGACCGCCGCCCGCGCAUGGCGGUGACGGUGGUUCUUUCGGUGGUGGUGGCCCCAACGAUAACGGGGGUGCAUAUGGUGGUGGUUUUGGUGGACAUGGACACCAUGGGUCCGGUUUCGGCCCAGGUGGCGGUGGUGGACCACCCUGUGGCCCGCCCAGUGGCCCGCCCGGUGGUGGUGGCCCUCCUGACGGGAAUGGCCCGCCUGAUGGUGGACUUGAUCCGCCUAGCAUCAGGCCCUCCGGCCGGCCGAGUGGGAAUGAUACUUUCCAGUGCGAGCGAUGCACCGGAACUUUCCCAACCACCGUGCGGCGAUCGUGCAUAUCUUGCCGAUUCUCGUGUUGCAAUGGAUGUUGCCGAGAUCCUUUGAGAAUCUGUCUCGUGUGUCUUGAGAGACAGACUGGGAAUCCGCCCGGUCCCAACGAUACGGGAUUCGGUGGACCCAAGGGCGAUGGAUCGCUGAGCGAGGCUAAGAAGGCGAAAUGCAAGUCCUUCCGACUCGAUCCCGAGCCGGAGCCCGCUCAGCUGCGGCGCUGGAUCGUCGACAUGAAGGAGCGAGUUGCAAAUGCAUUCGCAUACGAUCCCGGAUACGCACUCUCGUGGGUUGAGAUUCCCGAUGGUACACGAUAUGAAGACCUUCUUGAUGAGUGCAAGUACGGAAUGCUUGAGAAUGAAUGCAACUCUGCAUUCCGCGAGUGCGUCAAAUCCAUUGCACUAAAGAAUAAGAUCCAGACCGAAACCGAGCGCAUGCAUACGAUAAAUCGGCGACUCGGCAGUAGGCAGAUCUUUUGGUUGUUGUAUGAUUUCCUUCGACCACAUGUCACUGGCGAUUCGACCUUCAAGCUCGUCGAUCUGAUGAAGACCACGAUUGAUCGGUUUACUCAUGGAUCCGAGCAGGAGAGGCUAGAAGCCUUCUCCAAUCGGUGGGAUCAUGUUCUCGCUGGUAUCUCAGUCGAUCGUCCCGAGGAUCCUGUUCUCUGCGCACUCUUCUAUGAGCAGGUACGUGAGUUCCGCUGUCUCGAGCUCGAUAUGCAGUUGUGGGACAGGGACGUGUCUGUCCGGAACUACGCGUAUUUGCGGACUGUCUGCGUCAAUGCGAUUACAACUUGGCGCCGGCGUCGCAACCAGGAGAAGAUGUACACCGCUACUCGAUCCACGUCUGCGCAAAGACGGUAUGUCUCCUGGACACCGAGACUCAAGAAGAGGGAGUCCCUACCGAAGGAGCUCGCCGAGGCGCUCGUCGCCCAGACGAUCCUCCCCGAGGCGCGGUUCGCCGAGGCGAUACUCGCCGCGCAGUCCGGGAAGGGCCGCUCCUGCUCCGACGCGCCCUGCAUCACGAUCUCCACGAGGGCAAUGACAGCAUCCUCCUUUGGAGACUUUGCGUUCGCUUGUGCAGCAUCAUUCGAUAUGGCAUGUCCGUCAGUCAAGCGGAAGACAGUGUCGUUUGGGAACACUGAGACCCGCGUGAUAGAGUCUUCUUUCCCGGAGCCGGCCUUCGGCCCCGUCAAUCGCGAGAGGAAUUUGAGCUAUUCGUGGCCGGAAAAUAUCCGUGGUCUGAAUAGUGCUCGCGAGAGGCGAAGAGCCCAUAUGAAGGCUGUGCUGUGGCGAGAGCAGGUUUUGCUCGAUGACAUUGAUGCCAAAACGUUAGGAAAUGAUGCUUGUGUUCUUGAGCUCACGCUUUCUCAGCGGAGCGCUUGCGAAGUCUUUGCUGCUGCUGUCAAGUCUAUUAAGAGGGUACGGAGACUCAUGCUUGACUCCGGUUGCGGUAUAGACCUUAUUGGUCUCGGUGAUUUAUCCCGUGAGGAAAGGGAUCUGAUCGUCCAGAAUGCUAAGAUCAGUCUUCGGACAGCCAACGGGAAGACCAACACCAAGGGUGUCGCGCAUAUGCGAAUCGAUGGUCUCGAUGAACUGAUUGAAGCUUAUGUGUUGGAAAGCACGCCAAGUCUCCUUUCCCUUGGGAAACGAUGUAAGGAGCUUGGUUAUCGAUUCAUUUGGGAGCCCUUUUGCGAUCCGAUAUUCUUUGAUCCGAAAGGGAAACGCCUCAAGGUCGACGUGAUCAAUAAUAUUCCCUACCUUGCUCCAAGUGAGACAGAGGUAGUGGCCGGCCGACCUGAUCUCCCUCGUGUGUAUCCGGCCCUCCCAGCACCGAUUAUCGUCCACGAAAAGGUCGUUGCAGCUGGUGAGGAGCCUGGCAGCGAAUUAGACGCUGUCGGAGAACUUGAUCUCGAUAUGCCCAACGCCAAGAGCAUUCAGAAGAGUGCACCUGACGAUAACAAGAAGGUGCCCGACAAGGGGUUUGAGAAGUUUGGCGAACACGUUACCAUCGAUACAAUGGUGUUGCAUGGGCUCGGCAAUCGCGGGAAUAAUGGGGAGACGGAUGCUGUCGUCUUUUACGAUCUAGCAACCGAGUGGCUGGAAAGCGUUCCCGUUAAGGGAAGAACGAAUGCCGAUACGCUCCGAGCAUUUCAGCAGGUCUUUGGCGAUCUUCGAGAUGUGAACUCGUGCUCCAUGGAUGUGGAAAGGAGGUAUGCACCUUCUGCGAUUCGGGAAAUAUACUGUGAUAAAGCCCGUGAGUUCAUAUCGACCUGCGAGAAAGUCGGCAUAUCUGUGAAGCACUCCACCCCGGGAAUGCCUCGAACUAAUGCCAUUGCCGAGAGCAAGGUGAAGCUUGUCCUUCAUGGCGCACGUGUGGCGCUACGGCAAGCGGGAUUGAGCGCCAAAUUCUGGCCUUAUGCAUGCAAGCACUUCUGCCAUGCUCGCAACAUCGAGUUGCGCGAGGGUCAGAGUGCCUAUGCGAUGCGAUUUGAUGGUGUUGAGUUUGACGGUCAGAUUCUGCCGUUUGGUUGUCUUGUUGACUUCUAUCCUACGCCGGCACGAAAACAGACCCGGCGGAGUCAGAGAGAUGAAGUCGUCCUCGGCGAUGGUGAGGAGUACGCCGUACCUGCGCCUGGAGCCGACGGACUGAUUGAUGUCGAAAUUGGUUUCGAUGACGAUGGUUAUCUUGAGUGGAUUGAUGAUGGAGACAAUGAUCAAUCUAGCACUCUUCAGGGCGCCGACGUUGAUCAACGCUUGUCGUCUUACCAACGCCCCAGUAAGUUCUCCCCUACGAGUAAGCCUGGUAUUUUUCUGGGUUAUCAUUUUGAGAACGGGGGCAAGUGGGACGGUGACUACAUUGUCGCCGAUUUGGAAGACUUCAAACGCGAUGCAUUGCGUGCGAGCGUCCAUCAAGUCAAGAAGAUAUAUUGCUCACCCAAGGAGCGAUGGACGUUCCCGAUGCUCGCCGUGUACGACAAGCAGACUCGAUCAAUGUGCAUCAACGAUCCUGCGAUGCAAUCCUGUGCGCCUCAAUCUAGUGAGCGCCUUGACGCCUCUGAUAUGCUCGAACUCGAAGAUAUCGAUGAAAUAUUUGCCCUCGACGAGCCGACCCGAAUGACCGAAGAAGAUGUUCGGCGGGCUCGUGAGGCCGAGUUACGAGCCGAAUCUUCUCAUGGAGGAGGUGUCGACUACUGGGAAUAUGAUCCAUCGAACUCCCGGAUCGAAUUCUUUGAUGAUGGCUUUGCCCCAUCCAAGAAGAAGUUACCUCCUUACCAUGGGUCGGAGAUCCUGGAGGGCGAGGGGGGUUUGCCUUACCGUCAGAGUGUGCCGCGCUCCGAGCGUGUCUACAGAGGGUCUCGAAAACCGAACUCUAUCGACUCCGAAUCCUGGCGCAGCAUGAAUCGCGCCGAACGGGAGGGGUAUGUCGAGGCUGAGCGCCGAGAAGCUGAGUCUCACGCCAUGUCCCGAGAGGAUUCUCGCGAUGCCGCUCCUGCCGACAUCGCUUUCGAUUCCGAAUAUGAGUCGGGUGCUGAACGGCAUGAUAAGGAUUAUUGGUAUCACGAUGUCGCAGCUGGCACGGUCACCCGAUUUCAUGUGAUCGAGCGCCGAGCGCGCUUUAAUCCCACCUCAGUGAAGGACUGUCGAUCCUGCGACCUUGACAGAUGUCAGGAUGACUAUGGCCAUGACCGAUGGCACGGAAUUUACGUUGCAGGAUUCAUGGAGAUCAUCCGAUGUGCGAUCUCUGCCAUGUCGAUGGACAGGAAAGACCGUUUUCGUUAUCGGUUCUUCUGCCAAAACACAGAUCAAGGUUCGAACCAGUCUGCCGAAUAA